CGGAGACGUGUUAUACCCUGCUGGCUGGGGUAGUCAUAAACACUGUAUAUUAUACACCAUUGUUUUUUUAGUAGUCAACAUCUAGAUUUUAGUAUUAGUAUUUCUUAUUGUAAAGUUGUAUUUAUUUGCAACUGACGUUUCGUCAAAGGUGUCAUCAGAACAUCGAGACGAUGAUGUAUCUCUCAGGAAUAGUAAUCUUCGUGACGGUACUUGCGGGUACAAACGUCAACGCACGAUAUGUGGACCCCGCAGUUCUGACAUUGGAUGAUGCCAAAUAUUACAUGGACACCAACCAUGCCGCCGAAGCUCAGGAGUUCGAGGUUGUCAGCCCAUGGGAAGUCGAAAGCAAAAGGAAGCGACGAGGAGCAGAUUCUCCAGUCGACAUUUCUGAAUAUAAGUUCAAUGCUUUUGGUGAAGAAUUUCAUCUUCAACUUACAACAAAUCAACUCCUCACCAGACAAGGUCUCAAAGUCGAAUAUGUCAGCGAGGAUGGAAGUGUUGAAGAGCGACCUCUGUCGACAGAACAAGAGACUUGUUAUAAAUUUGGACAAGUCCUUUCACACAAAGGACGCAGUCGGGUUGCAGUCAGCACUUGUAACAACGGUGUGUCUGGUAUGGUGAAGCUAGAAGGAUUUGAACUCUUCAUUCAGAAGCUAUCUGAUAAUCACACUCAAUCCGUUCAACGUAAGAGAAGAGACCUCAGUAAUCCACAUAUUGUAUACAGACGAUCGGCUGAGUCCGAUGAUGUGACUGCCAAUUCGACCAAUAGUGCCUCGGCUGAUCAUUACUGUGCUUUGGAUUUUGAUGCCUACCAUUAUGCAAGUACCCACAUGGCAAUGAAUCAAUCAAUGACCGAAACUGAACAUACGGAGGCGCACGAUGAUGAAGAUUCAGAAGGAGCUAGGAGAAGGAGGAAAAGAGCUGCUACUUGUCCUAACGGUACCCCUGUUGGAGCUAGAACUCUUGAACUGAUGAUUGUAGUCGACUCUUCAUUGAAUGAGUUUCAUCGAGGAGUAAGAGAUGUUCAGGACUACACUCUCACGCUCAUGAACACAGUUGCCAGUAACUACCAGCAUGAAUCUCUUGGCAUUCCUUUGACAAUUAAGAUUGUUCGACUCGUCGUACUCAACAGCGACUUUACUGCAUACAACGGUGGGACUUUAUCUGUAAGUAGAGAUGGUGGAGCAACACUUGAAAGUUUCUGUCAAUACCAACAUGCUGUCAACGCACCGGGAGAUGACGACCCACUUCACUAUGAUAAUGCCUUGCUCCUCUCAAGAUACGACUUAGAGUUAAAUGGCAAUACCAACCUACUUGGAAUUGCUCAGUUUAGUGGGACGUGUUCUGGCCGAUUUGCUUGCGGUCUGGUGGAGGAAAAUGGAUUUGGAUCUGGUCUAAUCGCGACUCAUGAGUUGGGACAUAAUUUGGGUAUGGAGCAUGAUGGUACUGGUUCAAAUUGUGAGGACGGUAUGAACAUCAUGUCAUCAUUUCGUUCAAAUGGACCUGAAUCCUUCAUAUGGUCAACUUGUAGCCAAGAGCAAUAUAGUUCUUUCCUCUGUUCGAAUAGUUUCUUUGGAGGUUCGUGUUUGAAUGAUGACCAAGGAGUUUCUACCUUUCCUAUUGAUGAAACUGAAAUGCCUGGACUCACCUCUAUGUAUAACGCUGAUGGACAGUGUCGUCUUAUCAGAGGGGACUUUGUAGGAAUUUGCACCAGUCAUACUGAUGUAUGUGGUCAUUUGGCAUGUAGAUUCGCUGAUGACAGGUGUGCUGGUACUGGGGUAGCCGCUGUGGAUGGAACUGACUGUGGAAGUGGUCAGCGAUGCUACAAAGGUAACUGCAUAACUUCAUCUGAGACUCCCGAUGUACUACCUCCAACCGGUGUCGUUAUAAAUGGUGGAUGGUCAAACUGGACACCCUUUGGACAAUGCUCUCUUACGUGCGGUCUAGGUUUAUGGACACGAACAAGGCAGUGUAAUAACCCAGUUCCACAGAAUGGAGGUCAACAGUGUGCUGGAAGUUCCUCUGAUACACAGACAUGUUUUCUACAGGCAUGUUUAACUGUUGUGAAUGGAGGCUGGACACAAUGGCAGUUUGGACCCUGCUCAAGAACGUGCGGCGGUGGACAACAGACUCUUACAAGAACUUGUACAAAUCCUGCUCCUCAAAAUGGUGGUCAAAAUUGUUUUGGUAUGACCAAUGAAAUCGUCACCUGUAAUACUCAGAUUUGCCCUACAGUGGUUCAUGGUGGAUGGAGUGACUGGACAUACAGCGGUUGUUCUAGAACUUGUGGUGGCGGAACUCAAACUCGCUCAAGAACCUGCACAAGUCCAACACCUCAGAACGGUGGUUCACAGUGCUCAGGUAGCAGCUCUGACAACAGCAUCUCAUGCAACACUCAGGUUUGCCCAGUUGUUGUACAUGGAGGAUGGAGCGACUGGACCUACAGUUCUUGUUCUAGAACAUGUGGCGGUGGAACUCAAACUCGUUCAAGAUCAUGUAGCAAUCCUUUUCCACAGAAUGGAGGCUCACAGUGCUCAGGAAAUACGCAAGAUGUUGGUUUGACAUGUAACACUCAAGCUUGCCCAGUUGUUGUACAUGGCGGAUGGACUGACUGGACCUAUAGUGACUGUUCUAGAACGUGUGGUGGCGGAACUCAAACUCGCUCAAGAACCUGCACAAGUCCAACACCCCAGAAUGGUGGAUCACAAUGCUCAGGGAAUAGUUUUAACAGUGGUCUACAAUGCAACACUCAGGCUUGCCCAGUUGUUGUACAUGGCGGAUGGACUGACUGGACCUAUAGUGACUGUUCUAGAACGUGUGGUGGCGGAACUCAAACUCGCUCAAGAACCUGCACAAGUCCAACACCCCAGAAUGGUGGAUCACAAUGCUCAGGGAAUAGUUUUAACAGUGGUCUACAAUGCAACACUCAGGCUUGCCCAGUUGUUGUACAUGGCGGAUGGACUGACUGGACCUAUAGUGACUGUUCAAGAACGUGUGGUGGCGGAACUCAAACUCGCUCAAGAACCUGCACAAGUCCAACACCCCAGAAUGGUGGAUCACAAUGCUCAGGGAAUAGUUUUAACAGUGGUCUACAAUGCAACACUCAGGCUUGCCCAGUUGUUGUACAUGGCGGAUGGAGUGAUUGGACCUACAGUGCUUGUUCUAGAACAUGUGGUGGCGGAACGCAAACUCGCUCAAGAACCUGCACCAAUCCAUCACCUCAAAAUGGUGGCUCACAAUGUUAUGGUAGUAAUUAUGGAAACGGUUUGGCAUGUAACACUCAAGCCUGUCCAGUUGUUGUACAUGGCGGAUGGAGUGAUUGGACCUACAGUGAUUGUUCUAGAACCUGUGGAAGUGGAACCCAAACUCGCUCUAGAUCCUGCACCAAUCCAACACCUCAAAAUGGUGGAUCACAAUGCUCGGGGAAUAGUUAUGAAAGUAGUUUAGAAUGUAACACCCAGGCUUGCUCCGUUGUUGUCCAUGGUGGAUGGAGUGACUGGACCUUUAGUGAUUGCUCCACAACGUGUGGAGCUGGAACCCAAACUCGCUCAAGAUCCUGCACCAAUCCAACACCUCGAAAUGGUGGAUCACAGUGCUCAGGAAGCAGCUCAGAAGGCUGGAUUCUAUGCAAUACACAUCAGCCCUGCCCAACUGUUGUAGAUGGUGGUUGGAGUGACUGGACCUAUAGUGAUUGUUCUACAACCUGUGGAGCUGGAACUCAAACUCGCUCAAGAAGCUGCACAAACCCAUCACCUCAAGGUGGCGGCUCACAAUGUCCAGGCAGCAACUUUGAAAAUGGAGUAUCAUGCAAUCUACAGAGUUGUAGUAGUGGUACGGCUGGUACUGUAACUGAACAUGGCACUUUUAAUGGAGGACAGUAUUCAGAAUACGUUGAGUUCUUAACGAUUCCUGUUGGCGCUACUUCAGUUCUUGUUACCAAUCACAACUACCUGACUCAUAUGGCCAUCACCGUUGACGACAGUUACGUUCUAGGUUACAUCCAAGAGUUGAAUCUCCCUUCUCACGGUGAGACACGACAGAACUAUCAUGGAAUGCUUAUCAUCUACAACUACUCCAACAUGCUUGAAACCAUCACUAUCUCUGGACCGACAAUAGUAGAACUCAAGAUAGCUGUACAUGUCAUCCUUGACCCUACAGUUUAUGGACAAGAGAAAGCUCUUGCCGACAUUGAAUGGGAGUAUGAGAUUGACUCGCCUACUACGAGUAAUACUGGUUCUUAUCAAUGGAUUGGUACUGCUGGCACCUGUAGCGUCACCUGUGGUUUAGGGGAAACUGUUGACGUAUUGGUUUGUGCUGAGAUGGUCGAUGAUAAUAGAUUCAACUUAGUAGAUGACAUUCAUUGCAGUGGUAUCAGCCAAUCCACACCAAAUGUUUAUACUUGUUACCAAGGCGACUGUCCAGACUUAGACGAGGCACGUUGGUUUGUUGGUUAUUACGACUGUGAAGGGCUGUGUGGACAAGCUUCAGCACCUCGUAGUGUGUUCUGUGUCGCUACGACAGGAGAUCAAAAAGAUCAAGUUGUAGAUGAAGCUCAAUGUGAAGGGGAAGUCAAACCAUCCGAGACUGUCGAGUGUGAGAAUCUACCAUCAUGUCAAUCAGAAUGCAACAAGGUGGUGACAUCAGAAGGUGCUGUUAGUCUGCAUUCCCCGACUGGAGGGGAACUUUGUGGCUAUAGCAUAGUGGCUGAACCCGGUAAAGUCAUAAAUCUACAGAUUGUAGAUUACAACAUCAACUGCCCAGGAGAAGGUCAAUCUCCGGUUUCAUCUGAUGAGAAGUUAGUCAUUAAAGAUUCUUACGCUACAGAAAUCUUUGUGUGUGCCUUACAGCGCGGUGAGACUAUCAUUUCUAGUUCCAACGUCUUACAGAUUGAACAUUCAACGCUGUAUGCUGGUCAUGGAUACCAAAUCAUCUAUAGCUUUGUAGAUGCUGAAACUCCAGCCUCAAGUUGUGAUGCAGUCUUUACAUCCGCCUCUGGUGUUGUUCAAAGUCCGAACUAUCCAAGUGUCUACCCCAGUAAUAGUAUAUGCCAUAUGGAUAUCAUCGCUCCGGCUGAUAUGACCAUUGAACUCAACAUUAAUGCCUUCAACUUGUUCCCGAUAUGUUCCUCUAAGUAUCCAUCCCACUAUGACUAUUUACAGAUACGAUAUUAUGGUGAGGGUCGACAGACGUUGUUAUGUGGUCAACUUUACACCCCAGCAUCUGCAGUCAGUAUCUCAUCAUCUAAUGCUGUCCAUUUAACCUUCAGAAGUGACCGCUUUGCAUCAGCUAGGGGCUUCCAUCUCAGUUACAGUUUUGUUCCAAAAAAUACCCUCUAGCAAGAAAUCAUUUAUAAUUACUAAGAAAUGACAAGAUUUGAAUAGAUUUCAAAUCCCACAAAUUGAAAUAUGUAACUAGAGUCUAAAUAUCUCCUUAUGCAACUUUUGUUUAAACUUGUAUUUUUUGGGGGUGAAACCCUAAUAUAAAUAAACCCAGUCAGUUUUCCUUGUAUUCUGUUACUUGGUUUGUAGUUUGUGUAAACUUUUUGUAACUAAUUAGUACCCUUGUAACCUUUUUUUACAAAGACUUUUAGUUUUACAGAAAGCCUCUUUUAAUUUAUUUUGGCAAAAAUAUGGUAUAAUGAUAUGCUUAAUUUUACAUACCUUUUUAUUGGCCCAGACAUUAAAUUUUAAUAAAAUGAAAACUAUAUGAAAUGUUUUCAUUGUUUAGAAAUAAAUUUUAUAAAUGUGGUUGUUUUUCCUCUUGUAUUCACUGUGAUAUAAUCCCUCACAAUUUUGCUUUAAUAAAACAAAAUUAGACUUUUUAGAAAACCCCAGCACGUAAAUCACAACUUACUUCCAUUAUUCUCUACCUCUAAACAAGAUACCAAAUGAACUAUGUCUUCGGCGAUAUUUGUUAAAGAGAAAUAUAUGUUAUUUAAGACUUCAUUAUAUGAAGACUGUUUCUACAUUUAAUAAUAAUAUUUUGUAAACAUUAUUUCAUUAUGUAAAUGACGACUUUGAACAAGAGCAGGCUGGUCCUGUUUCUCUUAAUUUAUUUAUCAUACAAUAAAGUGUUAUUUCAGUCAA